CUUCCCCCAGGCCACGGGGAGGCGGACCCGGGAGGGGGUCGGGCGGUGGCGCAGGGCCGCCUCGAGCGAGGAGGUCUGCGGGCAGUCCAGCCCUGCCCGGACUCCCUCAGCCCCCCGCCGCGGCCGCUUUGGGAGUGGAGCGGGGAUGUGGACUGCCUUGGAAGGGGUGGCCGCGGUAACCGACACGCUACGGUUUAGAAAGUGACCUUAUCGAGCGCCUACUGAGUGCAGUGUAGUUCCAGGUUCCGGGGACGCAACUGUGAUUGAGACGGACGCGGGGACUUUUCAGCCUCACGGGAAACCCCUGCCCUUCAUUGAGAGGGAGCCCAGGUGAUGGCUGUCAUGCCCCUGAGAGCCUGGCACAAGGAUACCCAGUUUGGAAACUUGCCCUGAUCUCACUUUUAGAAGGAGGGUAUUUGCCUUGGGGCCUGGAGACACAGGAUGAUCCACCUGCAGAGGGGACCAAAAACAUCUGUAAAGGUCCGUGGUUAAAAACGUGCGCCAGGGGAGGAAAGCCAGAGUCCACAGAGAGGUGCGUUCUGGCUUCCUAGAGAGGAAGCUCGUGAAGCUUGGGCGUCGCAGCCGACAUAGUGACGCACUUCCGGUUACGCCGUACAUUGCGCCUUUCCUGAGCCCCUGCCCUUCAUUGAGAGGAAACCCAGGUGAUGGCUGUCAUGCCCCUGAGAGCCUGGCACCAGGAGGUGGUGACCUUUGAGGACGUGGCUGUAUACUUCACCCAGACAGAAUGGGCUGGACUUUCUCCUGCACAGAGGGCCCUGUACAGAAGUGUGAUGCUGGAGAUUUAUGGGAACUUGACGUCUCUGGGAUACCCAGUUUCCAAACGUGCAUUGGUCUUACUUCUGGAGAGAGGGAAUUUGCCUUGGGGCCUGGAGACACGGGAUGAUCCCCCUGCAUGGGGGACCAAAGACAUCUGUAAAAAUGCCGGGAUCAACACUGACAGUGAGUUAACACCAACAUGGGGAGUUUCUGAAGAAAGAGAUACGAUGAUGUUACAUGGGCCACAGAAGAAUGUUCUUAAGAGAAACAGCUUCCUAGAAACAUGUGAACUGGAGAAGCACCAGGAAAUCCCUACAGUGAAAAAUAUUAGAGGAAAGGUUCCAAGAAUCCACUAUGAUAGGAAACCCUUCAGAUGUGAGGAAUGUGGAAAAUGCUUCAGCUAUUUUUCUUACUAUGUUAGACACCAGAGAAUCCACACUGGGGAGAAACCCUUUGAGUGUAAUGAGUGUGGAAAAGCCUUUAAUGGCAAUUCUUCAUUAAUUCGACAUCAGAGAAUCCACACUGGAGAGAAACCCUAUCAGUGUGAAGAGUGUGGGAGAGCCUUUAAUGAUAAUGCAAAUCUGAUCAGGCAUCAGAGAAUCCACAGUGGGGACAGACCCUAUCUCUGCAAGGAGUGUGGAAAUGGUUUCACCAGUAGUUCUGAGUUUGUCAUACACCAGAGAAUUCACACUGGGGAGAAACCCUAUGAGUGUAAUGAGUGUGGAAAAGCUUUUGUUGGUAAUUCACCACUGCUGCGACAUCAGAAAAUCCACACUGGAGAGAAACCUUAUGAGUGUAAUGAGUGUGGCAAAAGCUUCGGACGGACUUCUCAUCUUAGUCAGCAUCAGCGUAUUCACACAGGGGAAAAGCCUUAUUCUUGUAAAAUAUGUGGGCAAGCCUUCAAUUUUCAUACAAAACUAACUCGGCACCAGCGAGUCCACAGUGAGGUGAAACCCUUUGACUGUGUAGAUUGUGGAAAAGCCUUUAGUGCUCAGGAUCAGUUAAAAAGGCAUCUAAGAAUCCACAUUCAGGAGACUUCCUAUGUGUGUGAUGAGUGUGGAAUAGUCUUUACUAGCAAAAGAAAUCUGCUUCAGCAUCAAAGAGUCCAUACUAGAGAGAAACCCUGUGAAUAUGUCAAGUAUGAAAAAACCUUUAGGACUUCUUCCCAGCUAGAUCAUACCCACCCUGGAGAGAAGCCAGUGCUGGAUGUUGGAUGUUUUGGCCUCCCAGAAUUUUUUACCCCCUUUUACUGGUAAUAGUACACUAAAUUUCCUUUUGGAUUCUGUCUUCCACUCAGGGGUAGAAUUUGUGACACAGCCCCAGCUCAGCUGCAGAUUCCUUCCCUCAAGCUAUAGCUGUUGGUUCAGAUGUCAGGAGAUAACCCAAGAUAGUCCAGUUAGAAUCCCAGACUUGGCAAGAAUUAAUAACCUUGUAAAUGGUGAGUGUGGCCCUGGCACAACAACCAGAUGGCAGACUGUGGCCUGGCAAUCCUUUCGCCUUCCAGUUGUUAACAAACUUUUGACACUCCUACUCAUUAAGAUCUUAAUCACUCAUGCUCGUUAAGCAGCUGGGCCUCCUAAUGGACAGUUUCACAGUGGCUGAAUGGUAUUGGAGAGCCACGUGCACCCAUGUGGACUUUGGAAAGCCUGCCAAUUAUGAAUUCCGUGGUAUUGAAUAAUCCUCGAACCUCCCAGUACUUCACUGAACAAGAAUUUUCUACCACCCUUAGCAUUUGGUGUCUGCUCUUUGUCGUGGAGAGAGGAGACUGGAAAAAUGAGCAACGUUUGUUCUUUGGCAGUGGUUGAUUAAUGUGGCUGGGGGGCAGGCAUGAAUCCCCAGGAACAAGAGUGAGGUCUGUGUGCCUUCCUAGGGCACAUGAGCUAUUCUGGGCCAGUCUCUGAGAUGCAAGGACCUUGCAUCUUAGAUGGCUGGCUGCAGCCCCUGACCCUAAGUGAAUCCCUUUCUACCUUGUGCUCCAGAUUCUGUGCUGUGCAGUGGGUGGUCAGUGACAGGGAAUCUGCUGCUUUCACCGAGCCAGCAUCUGUCCUCAUGUCCAAGUGCAGCACCUCAGCUUUCCUUUGGGAGCUACAUCUUACCUGCUUCCAGUCCAAAUAGUUUCAGAGGGCUGACCCCACAUUCCACCCACCUGGCCGAUCCCCCCGCUGACCCCACAUUCCACCCACCUGGCCGAUCCCACCUUCCAUCCUCUGAUUGCUGUGAUCAGUGCAAGGAUGAGAAUGUUAUCCAAGCCAGGCCAAAGGCAUUCCAAGCCAUGAGUUUUCAGGGAAGCCUACUGAAGGAGAAACCAUUCCCAGUAUGGACUUUGAGCUUGUGUCAUCUUGGAGGUGCUGGAUGCAAUGAGAGAAACUGUGCCUGUGAAUGGGACCACAAGGCACUCAGUAGGCUGAUGGUCAGAGAGGGACCAGGUCACACUACAAGCAUGUGAGCCCUUGGACCUCACACCUCUGAACCCAGUUUUCAACUUGUCUCGUAAGGAUUAAUUUCUGUCAUUUAAAAUAUUUUACUUGAGUAAGCGUGUCUAGUCCCUUGUAAUCAAGUAAGUCCUGACACAUCAGGAUCAUUUUUUAAAUUUUAUUUACUUUUGGCUGCAUUGGGUCUUCAUUGUUACAUGUGGGCUUUCUUUAGUUGCGGUGAGUGAGGGCUGCUCUUCAUUGCGGUGCAUGAACUUACUGCAGUGGCUUCUCGUUGCGGAGCACAGGCUCUAGGCGUGUGGGCUUCAGUAGUUGUGGCACUCGGGCUUCGGUAGUUGUGGCUUGCAGGCUCUAGAGCGCAGGCUCAGUAGUUGUGGCACAUGGGCUUAGUUGCUCCACAGCAUGUGGGAUCUUCCCAGACCAGGGCUCAAACCCGUGUCUCCUGCAUUGGCAGGCAGAUUCAUACCUACUGCGCCACCAGGGAAGCCCACAUCAGGAUCAUUGAUUCCUGAGACUCCCUCUGGCAUGGUGUCCUCAUUGGGCGGGGCAUGUCUGGGGAAGAUAAAGACACUGGGUGGGGUCAGAUUUAAGGGGAGCUGCCAGACAACUCUGUCCCUGUUUUCUCUGUGUCCCAGGAGAGGGAAAUCCCAGAACACAGGAGAACUAGCAAAGAGAAAGGGUCACAGGAUGGUUAAUUGGUCUGCUUGUAUUUUCCAUAUUACAUGGGGUGUUUUGCACCUGUUGAAAUCAUCCAGAACAUCUGCCAGAAACUCCUGACAGUCUAUAUACUUAUUGGACUCCUACACUAAAAUAAUCCAUGAAAAUCUAUCAACUUACUUUACCUCUAACAACUGGCGAUUCUUUAAGGACAAAUAUCUUCAGACUUGCAACAGAGUCAGUUGCAUUUAUUGCCAGGCAACUUUUAUCAACCUCAUUGCUUUUUUGUUUUUAAAAGCCCCUCUUUCUCUUCCCCAGAAAUUCUUUUGUUAAAGCAGGAAGGUAGAUAGAUGUGAGCAGAGAAAGGGGGGCAUGGGCCAGAUGGCAGGAAACCAUGCGUCUUGUAAAAGGUGGGGGUGGGGUGGGGUCCUUGGAACCUCCAAACUGGCAGGAAACCAUACAUUUUGGGAUAAGUGUCCUGGAGGCAAAGAAAGGUAGGAAAAGGCGGGAAUCUGGUGUCCGAAUGUAACCUUUUGCUCAUUAUGCUCUUAUUACAAUAAAAUUAGCCUUGCAGAUAAGAAGUACCCAUCAUGCACAGAAGCCGUGACACUUCUGAUCAAGGCUAAAUAAGGACAAAAAUUCCUCCUCCUCCCGGGAAGGUGGAGCUGGGGUGAAAAUCAGGGAAUAUGACCCCCAAAUCCCUCCCUCCCCAAUGAACAUUACACCCCAUGUAACCGGCUUGCUGAAAAAACUCACCUGAGCCUGCCCGCUCUCCCCAAGAGCGUACUGUAGCUUAAAUAAAUCCUCACUUUACUUUCUUGACCUCCCUGUCUCAUCUCUGAAUUCUGCCUGGGAUGAGGCAAGAGCCUUUCACUUUCAGGGUUACCUGAAUCUGUGUCUCCCAAACAGCAAUUCUUAAGACCCCAAAUAAAUUCUUUUCCUGUU